AUGCAGCAAGCUUACAUUGCCAAGUGUGAUCCAUGCCAAAGGAAAGGAGGGAUCACCAAGAGGGAUGAAAUGCCACUAAACCCAAUUCUAGAAGUUGAGAUCUUUGAUGUAUGGGGAAUAGACUUCAUGGGACCUUUCAAACCUUCCUCAAACGGGCACAACUACAUUUUGGUUGCUGUGACUAUGUGUCCAAAUGGAUUGAAGCCAUUCCCUGCCCAACCUGUGAUGCCAAGUGUUGUCAAGCUUUCAGAACCAUCAUCUUUCCAAGAUAUGGCAUCCCAAGGGUUGUUAUUUCGGAUGGAGGUUCCCAUUUCAUCAACAAGGUCUCCUUUCAAUUUGCUGUAUGGGAAGGAUUGCCACUUACCUGUGGAGGUCGAAUAUAAGGCUUUAUGGGCAGUAAAGAUGCUGAACUUUGAUAUAAAGGCAGCACAAGAAAGGAGGGUAAUGAACUUGUUUGAGUUGGAGGAAAUCAGAAUGAAUGCCUAUGAGAACUCCAUGAUUUACAAGAUGAGAACCAAGGCAGCCCACGACAAACUGAUUCGCCUUAAGGACUUCAAGGUUGGGGACAGUGUGCUCUUGUUAACUCCAAGCUAA